AUGGUGGCAGCAUCCGCCACCACCGCCGAAGCCAACGGCGAGAGGAAAGAUGAAUUCCUCGUACGCGACGACGCGCCGGGGCUGCUCGCCGCUCUCAAGGAGAUGAAGGAUGGAUUGGAUCUCGUAAGGGGCAAGGUCGAGGCCAUCACCCGGAAGAUCAAGGAGAACCUGUUGCCGACGGCCAACGGGAUCGGGUACCUAGAGGUGAAGAACCACCUGCUUCUUGGCUACUGCCAGGACAUCGUUUACUACCUGCUCCGCAAGGCCAAGGGGCUCUCGGUGGAUGGCCACCCCGUCGUACGGAGCUUUGUCGAGAUCAGGCUGUUUCUGGAGAAGAUUCGUCCGAUUGACAAGAAGGCCGAGUACCAAAUCCAGAAACUCACCAAUGCUGCUGACAAUGCAACUGCUCGAGAGAAGACAGGAAAUGCAGAGGCGAAGGGGAAGGAUGAGCAUUCCGAUGAGGAAGACCUCCUGAAACUUAGGCCAAACCCAGAUAUGAUGGACACAAAGCCUGGUCCUGAUGGGCAGGAUACUGAUGGUGUUUACCGUCCGCCGAAAUUUAUGCCUACUAGUGUGGAUGAUGAAGAGAAGUGUCGUAAAAAAGAUUCAAGGAGAGAUAAAGCAAUAGCCCAAGUGGCAAUAGAAAAUCCUUAUAUUAAAGAAAUGAUCGAUGAUGCUGCGGACAGACCUGAAGAGUGGAAGGAAACAGUGGGCGAUGAAAGCAGGGAAUUUGGGAGGUAUAUGCGACAGAGAGAGGAGCAAGAGAAGCAGGAAGAGGAGUUGUUCACUCGAGCUCCUGUAACCAAACGUGAUAAGCAGAUGGAGAAGCGCAUAAGGAGGCAACUUCAUGGGUAUGUUCAGAUGGUUGAUCUUUUGCUGCUGCUUAUUUCCUGUGUAAAUACACAAUUGACUUUGGCUAGGAGGCUUAACAAAUGGUUUCGACCUUGGGAUGAACAUGCUAAUCGGCGCGGUGACAAGGAAGAUGAUGGCGGUUCAAGCAAGUCGCAUGGCAAGAGCGGAAACCGAAAGAAGCACUUGAAGAGCAGCAAGAAGAGGAAGAGGCAUUAG